AUGUGCACUUCUGGGUCGGAUGGGCUGGAGUUGGAGUUCUGUGCCUCCGCGACGUCGGCAAGACACUCGAAGAUCGACCAGCUGCGGAAGCAGCUCUUCACCGAGAAGGCCGAGGAAGCAGCGACUGCCAUCAGCGAUGGAGACCUGGCCCAAAUCAAGGCAGCUGUGAUCAAGGCAAAGACCGUGCCAGACCUGAAGAGCCACGCCGAGCUUUGCCAGGAGUUCACACAUGCCCUGGAGAUUCUCAAAGAGAAGGCCCACAUGCCGCCAGGAUGGAAUCUGGAAGACUUGUUGGGCACAGAGAAGCUCUUCAGGAAAGCGCCCGUGACGAAUGGAUCGGCACUGGCGCUCUUCCAGUCCUUGAUGACCUCCACGCAUCAGUACAGGGCGGAAUCCGACAAGGCAGUUGGGAUUGGGACGUUGGUGCUUCCCGCAAGGACGCAUUGCAUUCGCAGUGAGACAAAUUCCGGUUGCGUCUAUGUUUGCCCUGACGGGUACCACCUCAACUUGCGCUUUGUCAGUCCAUAUCCUCAUCGAACCGAUCAGUGCAGCUCGCUCGUGGGCCCCACCUGGGCCCUGAACAGCAACCACCCCAGUCUCCGUCAGUAUGACUGUGCCACCUGCCAGCAGAGCUUCGAUACUCUUCCCACGAUUGUCAGCCCCACCAGCUGCUCGGGCAACGAGUGCGCCACACCGCUCGAGUGCCCAGCAGGCUUUGUCCUCUCGGAGCCGCGGGAGGACCAGAACCCCACGGAGGGCAUUGGACAGAACAACGACGAGACGCUGUACAGCGAGCUCCACAACUUCCACAAUUUCGACGACUUCGACAACUUCGACAAGUCCACCACCGACAACUUCCACAACUUCGACAACUUCCACAAGCCCACCGCCGACAACUUCCACGACUUCCACAAGUCCGCCACCGACAACUUCCACAACUUCGACAACUUCCACAAGCCCACCGCCGACAACUUCCACGACUUCCACAAGUCCGCCACCGACAACUUCCACAACUUCGACAACUUCCACAAGCCCACCUCCGACAACUUCCACAACUUCCACAAGCCCGCCGCCGACAACUUCCACAACUUCGACAACUUCCACAAGCCCACCUCCGACAACUUCCACAACUUCCACAAGCCCGCCGCCGACAACUUCCACAACUUCGACAACUUCCACAAGCCCACCUCCGACAACUUCCACAACUUCCUCUGGCUCAGGCUCGCCCGGGCGGGAGUGGGAGUUGUUUGCGGGCCCCUUCAACCGUUAUGUGUGCAGGGGAAGGGCCUCACUGGGUGCAAAGGCGUGGAGUUCAAUGUGAACAGUGGCCGAUGUGAGGUUUGGACACGCCCCGAGGGCAUUUGGGCAUUCUCCGAGCCCCCCUGGCCUGGCUUCACUUGCUUGCGCUUCGGCUGGCCGGGGAGGUACCUGCAGCCCAUGAAUGGGGGAGUUGAUCAGGCAUGCCGUGCAGCGGGUGGCAAAAACUCUGACAGCUACUACGUGGUGCAGCAGGCGCAGAACAUGGAAGACUGCCGCGCGCGCUGUGUCGCGAGUAGUGUUUGCCGUGGGGUUGAAUACAGCCGCGGACGCUGUGAGAUCUGGCAUACGGAGGUAGCAACCUCGGUGCCCCUCACUGGCUUCACUUGCUUGUACUACCUGCCGCCACCCUGA